AUGGAUCCAAAGACCUAUAGGGCAGUGGUUAUGGGUAAAGUGCAAGAUUUCGAAAAGGUUAUGCUGGAAAAUGAAAUUCCUGUUCUUGAUCAGGUCACUUUUCAGGGAAACACUAUCCUGCACCUUGCUGCUAUUUAUGGCCAUGCCCAACUAGUAAGGCGUAUCCUUGACCAUGAGCUAAACGUUCUUAGAGGUUGGAACCCUAACUUAAAUGGUAACUUCGUCUCGAGUUUCUCCCAUUAUCAGACUCUUCUGGUGAGACAAAACUCCAAGGGAGAUCUUGCUCUCCAUUUAGCAGCUGCUGCAGGACACGAGCUUAUAGUUGACCUUCUCGUUGAAUCCCUAAGAAGGCUUCCGCAAGAUAGAAGUAUCGUGCUUGGAUCUUUGCAGAUCGUUGUUGGAAACAUUUUCAGAGUUUUCAACAGUGAUGGGGAUACUGCAUUGCACCUCGCCUUGAAAGGAAACCAUGUAGCUGUUUCCUUGCAACUUGUUCUUGAAGAUCGGAGCACUUGCUUUCUUCUGGACAAGGAGGGUGUAUCUCCAUUGUAUAUGGCAGCUGAAGCUGGACAUGUUGCACUUGUGAAGCAUAUGCUACAGGGUCUGGAAGCAAGCUUUGUUGGGAAGUCAGUUUUGUGUGCUGCAGUUAAAAGCAAGAAUCUUGAUAUUCUAACAGCUAUACUGGAAAGUGACUCAGAUCUGGUAGACUCAAGGGAUGAAAAUGGAAGAACACCACUUGCCUUUGCAGCAUCUAUUGGAUAUGACAUAGGAGUGCAGCAUAUGCUAACCAGAUUUGCAAGCUCUACACAGAUUGCUUACGUUAAUAAUGAAGAUGGUUCUUACCCCAUUCACUCUGCUUGCGUUGCAAGUCACACCUCAGCUCUCAAGGUGAUCUUAAAACACCACCCAGACACGAUAGAGAUGCUUAACUCACAGGGUCAAAACGUUCUUCAUAUCGCUGCUGAAAGCGGGAACGCAAGAGCUGUUAGCUAUCUGUUGAGAAAGACUGAGAUUAAAAGGUUGAUCAAUGAACAAGACGUACAAGGAAACACACCGUUACAUUUAGCCAGCAUGACUACUAAUCCAAAGGUUGUAAGUCUCUUCAUACAGGACAAUAGAGUUGACUUGAAAGUACUGAAUAACAAAGGGCUCACCACUUUAGAUGCAGCUGAGGAGCAUAUGGCGGCUAUUCCUUCACUCCAACAGUGGUUGAUAUGGGUUGCAUUGGUGUCUGCUGGUACUACCAGAGGUCCACGAGUUCAUCUGAGAGCAGACAUUCCUGAUCCUACGACAGAUGAGGACUUAACCCUCAAAAUGUACAAGGACAGAGUAAACACUCUCCUUGUGGUGGCAACACUGGUGGCCACAAUGGCUUUCGCUGCAGGAUUGAGUGUGCCACUAGGUUACAACAGCACAGAGUUCAAGUCAAAUGUCAAACAUUCUUAUGAAGAAUCUGCGUUUCAUGCUUUUGUCAUCUGCAAUAGCAUUGCCGUCUAUGCUGCUGUUAUAUCGACGGUUGCUCUUAUAGGGACACAACUGGCUGACCUGAAAUGCAUGAUGACCACUUUCAAGUUUAUAGUGCCACUUCUGGGGUUCUCUAUUAUCGCCAUGUCUUUGGCUUUUGUCGCUGGCUUAUACCUGGUCCUGGGACAGCAUCAUUGGCUCGCCGUAUUUGUCUUGGCCUCAGGUGGCUUUUAUCUCAUGGCUCUUCUUCUGCUUAUCAUCCCUUAUGCCUCGCCUUAUACUUUUAGUCCGCUGCUUUUCCGCUACUUUUUGCGGUUUCCCUUUUCCGUGUUGGUUUUCUUUGCGUACUGGAGGGAUGGCACUGGUGGGGAAUGCUCGUCACCAGUUUCCCGUUGGUCAUUUAUUGGUUAA